AUGCCUGCGCCGACGUACAUCAUUUCUCGGGUCGCUGACCCUAUCUUUGCGGUCUUUAUUGGAUUGUCGGCUGCUGGGACCAGGAUCAACCGUGAGGAAAAAGCCGAGGGCAAGACGACGAAUGAGACAAUAGAGGCUGGACUACGACGCGUUGGGCUCUCUAAGAAAUAG